AUGAUGGCUCAGUCCAGAGGAGGACCCGGGUGGUUUGUUCGGGCUAGAACUUGGGAUGUUGAUAUUGACCGAUUCCUCAACCCAGUCAUACCAGCUCCACGAUGGCACCUCGUCCCUACACCAAUAGCGCAUUUUCUAGGUCAUAGGAGUGAGCCGUCCAAGACACUUGGAAACAUCUUCGUCGCUUUCUGGUCAUUAGUGGGGGCAUUUUGCGGUGUAGCUUUGGUGUCUUCUAUUUCGCAACAGGUUCCCUCAUUCAAGGUCCGAGAUGCUCCGCCCAUCAUCGGCAGUUUUGGCGCUGCCGCUGUCCUCGAAUUCGGUACAAUCGAGUCACCUCUGGCACAGCCUCGGAAUGCCUUCUUUGGUCAAAUGAUUGCUUGCUUAAUCGGAGUCGGUGUCACAAAGCUUUUCGCUCUCGAUCACAACGCAGAAAACUAUACAUCGUUAGGAGGAGCGCUAGCAUGUGGCGUCACGACAGCGCUCAUGCUCAUUACCAAGACCGUACACCCCCCUGCUGGAGCCACAGCAUUGCUUGCGGUGACAAACCCGGAAGUCAAGAAGCUAGGCUGGUUUCUUUUCCCCGUGAUGCUUUUGGGGAUUACUCUGAUGCAGGCGGCUGCCUUGAUCAUCAACAAUAUCCAGCGCCGCUUCCCACUGUACUGGUGGACAUCUCAGCCGUUGUCUCGGUCACGAUUACACGAUGAGGAAAGGCCUGAAAAAGAAAUUCCCAGUGUUCCUAGCCACUAUGAUAGUGAUUCUGAGCCUUCGCGCCGGCUAGUCAUAGAGCGUGGGGAUUUUGUUGUUCCCGAUGGUAUGUUCCUCUCUGAACAAGAGCGAUUAACGCUCCGACGGAUCAGCCAGCGAUUAUGA